GUUUACUUCAGUGUAGCCCUUUCGAGAUUGAGGGAGCUGUUGAGUUAGCGGUUUCUCGUCGUCUGCAGUUGAAGUCUUCCCCGUUCAUUCCUUUCUGCUUUUGAUAUUCCUUUAUUUUGUUGUAGUUUAUUUGUAAGGACCACAUUUAACAAACAGCCAUGGACAGCAUCAAGAAGAAGAUGAUCGCCAUGAAAAUGGAGAAAGAGAACGCUCAGGACCGUGCUGAGCAGCUGGAACAGCAGCUAAGGGAUACGGAAGAGCAGAAAGCGAAGAUAGAGGAAGAUCUCACAUCAUUGCAGAAAAAGCACUCCAACUUAGAGAAUGAGUUCGAUACAGUGAACGAGAAAUACCAGGAAUGCCAAACCAAAAUGGAGGAGGCAGAAAAGACCGCUUCAGAGGCGGAACAAGAGAUCCAGAGUUUGAACCGCAGGAUCCAGCUCCUAGAGGAAGACAUGGAGAGGUCGGAGGAGCGGCUCCAGACCGCCACCGAGAAGUUGGAGGAGGCUUCCAAAGCCGCAGACGAGAGCGAGAGAGGUCGUCGAACACUUGAGAGCAGAAAUCGAACGGAUGAAUCUCGAAUGGAUGACAUGGAAGGGAAACUGCGACAACUGACAGAAGUCGCGGAAACGUCAGAGAACCGAUACACAGAGGCUGCACGAAAAUUAUGUGUACUAGAAGGCGAAUUAGAACGAGCUGAAGAACGCUAUGAAUUAGCUGAAAGCAAGGUUAAAACCCUAGAAGAUGAAUUGCAUGUAGCCACAAAUAGCCUUAAAGCUUUAGAAAUAUCUGAUGAAAAGGCUUCACAAAGAGAAGACAGCUACGAAGAAACCAUUAGAGAUCUUACACAGAGGCUGAAGGAUAGCCAGAAUAGAGCUGAGGUUGCAGAAAGGCAGGUAUACACUCUCCAACUGGAGAACGACAAAUUGUCAGAUGACUUAGAACAGGAAAGGAAACACAAGCUGGAACUACAAGCCGAGAUGGAGGCCACGCUCCAGGAUCUGAGUAACUUGUAGAACCAGGGCUAGUUUUAGAUGAUCUACACAAUUUUUGUACAGAUGAACUGCUUGCAGAAAAGGAGCGAUACAAAGCCAUUAGUGACGAGCUGGAUCAGACUUUUGCCGAGCUGGCAGGAUAUUAAUUUUUCCUCUCUCCCUCACCUCUGUCAAAGGCCAACACGAGACGGAAGGACUUUUUUCACAGCUGGCACGGUCACUGUUGUAAAUGGACAUUUUAUUAUGUUUCAUCUGUAUAAUGGUGUUAGAGAUAUAAACAAAAUGUGGACGGAGAUUUUUUUUCUUUAUGAAUGAUCAAAUAUUUAAUUAUAUUUCAUGACGUGUUCUGAUGAACAAACUUUCUAAAUUAAAAAAAAUGAUAAAACUUCUGAGGGUGGACUUGAAUCUUUCUGAAUCAUCACUUGUUAUUUUGUGUUGUAUGUUUCCAUGCUAUGUUAAAAUUAGGCAAGGUUACUGGUUCAGAUGGUAUAUAUAUAUUUAUAUAUAUGUUUAUAUGUGAUACAUAUUUAUACUGUAUUAUAACACGAUUCAGUUUUUGGAAUCUGCAUUGGACUGCCAGACUUAGAUAGAGCCACCAUUAGGGCUGUAAUCCUCUUACAGUAACCGGGUUUUGUUUUAACAUACCGCCGGGGUCGGGGGGUGGGGGGAGGGCUACUAUGCGGUCAGUGGUGGAAAUUUUAGUGCCAUCGAAAUGGCAGUUUCCUUAUGCAUAUCGACUGUAAUUCAGGGGGAGAUCGUCAAAGAUAUAGAAAACAAUAAAUCACAAAAAGUCCAAUCCAUUGUAAGCAUGGCAAUAUCCAGCUAAUGUUUCUGUCGGCCAUUUUGAUGCUAAAAUUUCCACUCCUGUCUACAAAAGGACUUGUGUAUAUGAUAGCCAAUGUGAUUGUGUAGUCUGAGUACACGGUGGCUACCUAUUACAGGGGCUCUAUUUCCAUCUAAUAGGUGUAUGUCACAUAAAUUUGUAAUAUUUUCCUUGCAUUAAAUUCUUUACUUUAUGAAAUUUUAUACCGAACUUGUUUAUCUUUUUAUCAUAGUACACAGUUGUCAUAUUUUUACUAGCCAUUUGAACGUUAGAUUUCUAUAGACUGUACUAAUAUAUUGGAUUUGUUACACCAGUAGACAGGGGAGGGAACCCUCCGCUGGUCACGUGAUAUCCGCUUUUCUCUACUGCUUUGAGUCUAUUGUCCCUGGAUAUUGCCUUAACCAAAAUAAAAUUGUACUUGCUUACCAUA